CGCCCCCCCUCCCUUUCCCCUCCCGCGCCUCUUAUAACCGGAUUUCUACUGGCGCGAAAAAGCCACUGCGGGGCGGAACCGCAGCCUGCAACUUGCAACUUGUUGGCCUUCUUUCUACACGACAACUAAAAGCAAACGAAAAACAACAACAACGAAAAAAGACAACUCGCCCACUCUACCAGUGGAUUUGCCAUUGCUUGGAAUUUUCCGAGUCGGUUCAAAAGGACGAAACCCAAAGAGGACUUGAGUUGGAAUUUUUAGCCGAACAAUGGAGUUGGACUGUUACCAGCACUAUUUUUUCGAGGACUUUGACACCGAGGAGGAUUUCUACAAAUCAACCGCUCCGAGCGAGGGCAUUUGGAAAAAGUUCGAGCUUCUGCCCACCCCUCCCAUGUCGCCCAUCCGGACUCUGCAGAGCAGCGACGGCCUGAGCUGGUUGUCCCGAGUCCUGGGUCCGGACGACGAGUGGGAGGGUCAGGGGCUCUUCCGCAACCUCAGCUCCAUCAUCAUCCAGGACUGCAUGUGGAGUAGUUUCUCAGCCAGCAAGCAGCUGGAGAAGGCAGUCCACGGGAGACAGUCGGUUCCGCCUCGGCCUCCCGGAGCUCCCCCAGGUCCGCAGAUCCUCGCGAGGCCGAGCAAUGCGCACUGCGUCUCGCCGAGCGCACACCUCCCCACGUCGGACUGUGUGGACCCUGCGGCUGUUCUCACAUACCCGGCAAGUAGCUGCAGGAGGACGGCGUCAUCUGGCUCCGAGUCCCGGACCGACUCCUCCGAUGAUGAAGAGGAAAUUGAUGUUGUCACCGUGGAGAGCAAACACAACCAGGUCCGACUGGCGAGUGUCCGUAAGCCGGUGACCCUCACGGUGCGUGCGGACCCCUGCCCCAAACGCUUCCACGCCUCGGUUCACCGGCAGCAGCACAACUACGCCGCCCGCUCCCCCGACAGUGAGCCCGACGACGAUGACGACAACGAAGACGAGGAGGAGGAUGACGAGGAGGAGCUCCAAAGCAAACGUACGGGCCCGGCAUCCAGCCGUCCCGCCUCCCCCUCGGGAAGCUCCUUGAACUCUGAUACGGAGGACACGGACCGCAGAAAGAACCACAACUUCCUGGAGAGGAAGAGGAGGAACGACCUGAGGUACAGGUUCUUGGCCCUGCGGGAUCAGAUCCCGGGUCUGGAGUCGGCCAAGACCCCUAAGGUUGCCAUCCUGACCCACGCCACGGAAUACCUCACGGAGCUGCACGCCAAGGAGAAGCGACACCUGCAGGAGCGCAAACGCCUCAAAGCCCGACAGCAGCUUCUGCUGCGCAGGUUAUCUGUGCUGAAGCGUUCUUGAACCUGCAGAUAGGAACUUUUGUCACUUUUCCAAAGCCACAUUUUUUUGUAUGACAACAUGGCUCAUGUACCGUAUUUUCACGACCAUAAGGACGCACCGUAUUAAAAGACGCAGUCUCAGUUACCGGGUCUAUUUCUAUAUUUAACACAAACAUAAGGCGUACCGUAUUAUUGGGCGCAGGCCUCCUCUUCUGUAUCCGAAAUGAACAGUUGGGCAAGUUCUCCAUCAAACAUGCCGGCUUCCCUCUCGUAGUCGUCGGAGUCAGUCUCGUUGCCAGGGGGGCUGUUCAGCAAUGAUGCCGGCUUUCGCGAAACCUCGGACAACAGUCAAAGCAGAUACCUUAGCCCGGGCAUCCACAAUCCACUCACAUAUGGUGGCGUAACUUGCCCGGCGAUAGACGGCUCCGUUUCAUAAAACAAAAGCACCAAGACGGACCUCCUUGAAAAUGUUCGAUUUUCAUUUCUUCUGCAAGCGUUAUUGCCCUCAGUCGAAUGGUGACUGUAGAGACGCUUCUCACGGCUGAUCUUUGCUCAUUAAUCCAUUGCUCGAGUUGGUCUUCCAACUCGGGCCACCUCGACUUGUUUCCGCGGAAACUCAGCUUCGUCUUCUUGACUUGGCGAAACUCGUUUUCCUGCUUCCUCUACUUGCGAACCAUGGAUUUGUUGAUCUUGAAUUCUCUCGCGGCUCCGGCUGCUCGAUUCCCAUGUUCCUCCACGUAACUGAUAGCGUGCAGUUUAAACGGUGUUUCGUAAGCGUGUCUCUUCGUAGGUGCCAUUUUCGGGGGUCCUUAGCUAAACCGAUGUUGUUUUGCACAAUGCACAUACCGGCACUAUAUACCUACUGGGGGCGUGUCUUGAGCGUCCUCUUUCACGCGCACCCUUCCCCCUUUAACGUCCGCAUGUUGUCCUCAGUCAUGUCCGCCUUUCCUCUAUAUAAGCAGCGUGUCGGCAGGAAAUGCUCCCAGUCAGUCAAGCUCAGCAAAGUCACACAACAACAUUUACAGAUUUUGGAACUCGGUGCACACACAAGGCGCAUUAUAAGGCGCCCCGUCCAUUUUGGAGAAAAUGUAAGACUUUUUAGUGCGCCUUAUGGUCGUGAAAAUACGGUAAAUAGCCUCCAGUUAUGUUUGGAAUACUUUCAUCAUUUUGUAGCAGAAUUGUAGACCUAAACCUGUCAUCGACAGUAGGGUUGUCUGAUCUCAGUGUGUGGGGUUUAUCUCCUGUUUUGCACAGUUAUAUAGUGAGGGUAACACAAAAGAUGUUUGUAGAUAUGACAGUAGAUGUUUUCUGGUAUGCUGUGAUGGGAGCGGAGUGUUACCUGGUGUGACAUAUAUAUAUAUAUAUAUAUAUAUAUAUAUAUAUAUGAUAAUAUGUGCGGAAUCGAGCUGAGAUGACUUCAUUCCAUCGUUGCACAUUCAUAAUGGAUUGGAGUGCCAUGGAUGGUGCGAGUGUGUGAGCUGCUUUGUUAGUUUUUUUGUGUGGAUGUUCAUAUUUCUCUGUAAAUAAUAGCUUAUUGCUCCCGGUGGAGGAGCAUAACAAAACCGAGCUUUACUCUUCUGUAUCAUUUCCCACCAGGCAUUGAGGAGCCUCUAUUUUGUUAAGAAAAUGUGGAGUAAAAAAGCAAAAAAAGUUUGAUAAGUAGCACUGCUGUACUUUAUACUCACACGUCACUUUGUGAUCGCAAUGCAGCUCCUGAUUUUGGUUGAUUCUAAAGCAUGCUCAUUCAACAACAUUAAAUUUUGAUACCAGAUUUGCAACCAAC